AUGUGCGUACAUCAGCCUGACGAGGCUCCAAGUGGGCUUGCGGACGAGCUUACACCGUGGGGCAAUGCGGCUAACGAGAACCGACUGCAGCGUUUGGGAGAGUGUCUUGGAAAGGGAGCUUUCGGGUCCGUCUACAAAGCCUUCAAUUGGGGGACGGGCGAGGCCGUCGCGGUCAAGCAGAUCAAGCUUGCUGACCUGCCAAAGAGCGAGCUGCGCAUGAUUGAGUCCGAAAUCGAUCUUUUGAAGAACUUGCACCAUGACAACAUUGUCAAGUACAUCGGCUUCGUCAAGUCGGCGGACUGCCUCAACAUCAUCCUUGAGUACUGCGAAAACGGCUCACUCCAUUCGAUCUGCAAGUCUUACGGCAAGUUCCCCGAGAAUCUGGUCGGCGUUUACACGACACAAGUCUUGCAAGGACUACAGUACCUGCACGAUCAGGGAGUCAUCCAUCGCGAUAUCAAAGGCGCCAACAUUCUCACCACCAAGGACGGAAAGGUCAAGCUUGCAGACUUUGGAGUGUCGACGAGCACGCUUGCUGGUGGGCAAGACAAAGAGGCACAAGUCGUGGGAACGCCGUACUGGAUGGCGCCUGAAAUCAUUCAGCUCUCUGGCGCCAGUCCUGCAUCUGAUAUCUGGAGUGUGGGAUGCACCGUCAUCGAACUGCUGCAAGGCAGACCACCGUACCACAACCUGGCUGCCAUGCCAGCACUGUUUGCAAUCGUCAACGAUGACCACCCGCCAUUACCCGAGGGCAUCUCUCCGAAAGACCCAAACCUCAGAGUGACGGCCAAAAAGCUUCUGCGACACGCAUGGAUCAUCGGGUGCCGAAGGAGCGACGCGCCCGUCUCCAAGGCGCCAGCUAAUUUCAGCCAAGCCGUGGAGGAAGUCAAGCAGUGGAACAAGGCUCUCAAGUCGUCCGAGACCUCACUCAGGGCUUCCACCGGUUCCGACAGCGGGGUUCCCGGACUGCAAGGACAUCCCGGGUCGAGAUUCAGCGCCAACGAACCGCUCCGGCCGAACCUGAUCACACAACCCAAAGGACCGUUGGCCCUUGCGAAACCGAGACGAACCCCUGAGGCAUUCAGGUCUCCUGAGCUUGCAGGUGAGCAUCACCGGCUGUUGGGGGCUGCCAAUGAGGGGAAGCAUGUUGACCUGCGACUAGACGAUGACAACUGGGACAACGACUUCGCGACAGCCAUCUCGCCAAGCGCGCUACACUUACCCCACCUGAAGCCGCAGGAUAACUUUGGCGGGCUGCUGUCUGCUGAUAAGCUCAAGGCGUUUGCUUCCAUCACGGAUCCACGGAACGAUUCCGAGAGUUACGAUGACGACUUCGAGGGCGAGCUUCUGACCAUCAAGGGGCCGAGGUUCAACGACAUUGACUACCAGGAGCAGACGAUUCGCCCUACGCCCCGCAAAAAGAGCGACAAAUAUGCAGACCCGAUGAAGCUUCAGUCUCCCCCCAAGUCUAGCCCUCGGAAGCAUUCAAGAAAUUCGUCUCGGCCCAAGUCUCCCAGCAAACAGCAGCUCGGCCCCAGCAAGUUUGAGAUCCCCGCGCCGCCUGACCUGGCGUAUCGUGAGCAAAAUGUGGAUGACUACUCUGAUCUUUUCUUUGAUAAUGAUACGGUUUUCAACGACAACAAGUUGAAUCCAUUUGUAAAAAAGCAAGUUGAUUCGCCUCAACUGUUUCACCCGUCAGACCUCACAAGUCUGCCUCGCUCGACACAGUCGCCACUGCCAGGGAGCUCAAGACGGCCAACUGGCCAGAAGCUGCGUCCAUCCGUGCUACCAGAUCGGCCCAUGCGAAGAACCCGUUCUUCAAUUGAGAUUCAAAAGUUCGCCGAGGACGAGGGCGACGAAGACUUUUCUGACAUUUUCGGUCCCGAGGAUGCGGUCACCGAGCGGGAAGAAAGCGAUAGAGGUUCAGAAGACGGUGGCCUCAUGUUGUUGUCGAAGCUGUCGAACAACUCCUGGUUGGGAGAUGAGGAAGACGAAGACGACCCAUUUGCCUCCAUGGACCCCGGUUGGGAUGAAAUGGACCUUAAAGCGAACAUUGCGAGGGACCGGCACGCGAGACUUGCCGAGAAGGUGGAGGAGCUUGUACGAUCACUCAAGACGUCUGAGGGCGAGGAGCGGCUGAGCGAUCUCUCUGAAGACCUGUUCGCAUUAUUAUGGGAGAACGGGGACGUCAAGGACCUGAUUCUCAGCGCGCAUGGCUUGUUGCCAAUCCUCGAGAUUCUCGAGCCUUGCACGGUCAAGAGCAGACAACAGAUGAUUCUGGCGCUCUUGAAAGUCGUCAACACUAUCAUUUUGGACGACGUUGAGAUUCAGGAGAAUCUAUGUUUCGUCGGUGGCAUCCCCAUCAUCACCAAAUUCUCGGCGAGGCAGUACUCCAACGAGAUCAGACUGGAAGCAGCUGCGUUUGUUCGUCAGAUGUACCAGACAUCAACCCUUACCCUACAGAUGUUCGUCAGUGCCGGAGGUCUCAAUGUUCUCGUUGAGUUCCUGGAUGAAGACUUUGAUGAUGCACGGGAUCUGGUGCUGAUUGGCGUCAACGGCAUCUGGAACGUCUUCGAACUCCAGGGGCCAACACCAAAGAACGACUUUUGCAGAAUCUUUUCCAGAAGCAAGAUCCUUUAUCCCCUUGCUCUGGUGCUCCACAGGGUUCUCGAUGAGGAGGGAGAAGAUGAGCUCUCGGAACUCAUCGAGGGCCGCAUCGUCAACAUUUUCUACCUCUUCUCCCAGGCCGAGAACUAUGUCAAGGAGGUCGUAGCCGAUCGCCAGGUGCUGAAGAGCGUACUGAAAGACUUGCGACGAAUGACACCAAACCACCAAAUUACGAUGCUCAAGUUCAUCAAGAACCUGUCGAUGCUUUCCACGACGAUAGAAACGCUACACACAGCGGAUGCCAUCGACUUCCUGAUUGACGUUCUCAGCUACAGCAUGAAGAAGGGGCAUAGCCACUUCCGAGAGAUCUGCAAUCAGGUCUUGAAUACUCUCUUUAACCUUUGUCGCCUUAGCAAGGAACGGCAAGAAGAUGCUGCCGUUGGCGGUAUCAUUCCCCUGCUGAUGAAGAUUAUGCAGACUGAUCGUCCGCCAAAGGAGUUUGCCCUCCCUAUUCUUUGCGACAUGGCCCAUUCAGGAAUCAAGGGUCGCAGGUACCUGUGGCAAAACAAGGGCUUGGACUUUUACGUGUCUCUCUUGGCAGACCAGUACUGGCAGGUAACAGCUUUGGACGCCAUUUUCAUUUGGCUCCAGGAGGAGACUGCCAAGGUCGAAAGUCACCUUCUCGACGGGAAGUUCACGGACGCAAUCGUCGCCUGCUUCCACACAAACAAGCUCAACUCAUUUGACGCCAACCUUUUGGAACCCCUUUUGAAGCUUUUGCGGUUGAGCCCGUCCAUCGCUGGCUCUCUCGCGAAGCCAGAAAUGUUUGCUGGUAUCGGUCAGAGAUUAGGGCACAAGAAGGCGGUUGUCCGACUCAACCUGCUCCGUCUCGUCCGCAAUGUAAUGGACGCAUGCGACUCAGAAAUGCUCGGCAUGGGCAACGGCAGCAGCUCUCUGAACAUCAAGCAGGUACGAUCUCUGUUCGAUGCCAUCCAGACUCUGGCAGAGAAGGAUUCUGCUGUGCUGGUGCGCAACCUUGCGUCAGAGUUGGUCAAGUCGCACAACGACAGCGAACUGCUCUGUGGCUUCUCGGCGCUCCGGGUCCGGGCCCAGGAGGAAGUCUUCGUAUACACCCCCAGGACUGCACUCAGCUAUGUCGAUGCCGGCGACGCCCACGCAGUCUCAUUCACGCCACCCCCGACUAUCACAAAUGCCUUCUGGGGGACCGUUCAUUGA